GGAGGCGGCGCCGCGCUGGUUCCUGCCGCCGGCGGCAGCGCACAAAGCGGGUGGGAGCGGGUCGGGCCGGGCUGUUGCCACUCCAGGAAGCACUAGCCGAAAGCCCUGGCGGUUUUGAAAUUGCCUGCAUCUCCUGAGUAGGUGUGGCACGCCGGGACCGCUCCGUGCGAAAGCCCGUCUCUAACGCGGUGAAAGAGCCUCAGAGAGCCGGGGUCGACGUGUCGGAUCAACAGCUUACCUAGGACCAGGUCACUUGAAUCAAGGAAUCUCCAUCGCUUGGAUCAAGAACAGGUGGCUUCCACAGAGAGCGACUCCAGGCAGUGACUGUUGAAGAUUGGCAGGCAACCAACUCCCACUCGAGAAGCAAAUUGCUGAAAAGACUCUUGGGCAUCACCCACUUUGUUACUGAAUUCACGUCUGACAAGCACAGCCCUGCCUCAGAUGGCUAGCAACAACACCGCCAGCAUAGCGCAAGCCAGGAAACUGGUGGAACAGCUGAAGAUGGAGGCCAACAUCGACAGAAUAAAGGUAUCCAAAGCAGCAGCAGACUUGAUGGCAUACUGCGAAGCUCACGCCAAGGAAGACCCUCUAUUGACUCCUGUCCCAGCUUCAGAAAACCCCUUUAGAGAGAAGAAGUUCUUUUGUGCAAUCCUGUAAACCCUGCAGGAGCCUGCUGAGCCUCGGGCACCCUGAACACUGAUGUAGAGUUUUUAGCAAUGUGGACAACUUUCCAGUCCACAGAAUUAAAUAAUAAUAGUUAAAAAAAAGAGCCCUGGAAGCUACAGAGAUGUGUGUGUUUAAAGAAACUGGCCACCUUUUUGGGGAACAAGAUGACCUACAUCAUGAGGCUACAGAUCUGAAGUCUGCAGAGAUGCCUAGAGAGGGGGGAAAAAUAUAAAGAUUCAAUUUGUGUCACUUUUCUGCUCACAAAAAUAUUUGUUUGUUCCAUAUUUGAAAAAAAAAGAGAGAGACAGUUGUGCUGAGCAAGUUCAAUGCUAGGGAUGUGUAUAACCAUAUCGGAAUGACUAUAUUUUUGUUCAUUUUUUGGCAAGAGUUUUUAUUUAAGUUGAAUUGUCCAAUAUAUAUAGCAGCCGCCUAGAUGACGACGAUACUACUUAACAUACCUUCUUGUGCUUUUCUCUUUGUUCCAUUUUUUUUCCCCAUUAGAAUAGCACAGAGAUAGACUGGAACUGGAUUUAUGACUGCUUUCCAAAAUUUAAAAAAAAAAAAAAUUAAACGAAGGAGUUUAGCAAGGCCGUAGCCAAUGUUACUUCCCACUUUGCGGUAUAAAUGCUGGCUGUCUAUGUGUUCUUAGCAAACUAUAUUACCACAGGUCUAACAUUUGUAUAUGGUAGCUUCCAUUUUGCAAGUAAAAGUAAAUUGUGUGUUGUGA